AUGGUGCGCAAAGUGGCAGUCAUCGGCGCAGGGCCAUCUGGUCUGAGCGCAGUCAAGGCUUGUCUGGAAGAAGACAUGCAGCCGACUUGUUUCGAGAGUAGCGAUGACCUUGGAGGACUAUGGAAGUUCAAGGAGGUCUCCGAGCCGGACCGAGCCAGCAUCUACCGCUCUCUCACCAUCAACAUCUCCAAGGAGAUGAUGUGCUACAGCGAUUUUCCCAUCCCAGCCGACUUCCCCAACUACAUGCACCACUCCAAGAUCCUGAACUACUUCCGCAUGUACGCCGAGCACUUUAAACUGCUUAAAUACAUUCGCUACCUGACUUUAGUGAAGAGCGUCAAGCCCUGUUCCGAUUACACCCGGACGGGCAAGUGGGAGGUAGUGACAGAGGAAAAGGACGGGAAGGUAGAAACGCACGUGUUUGAUGCUGUCAUCUGCUGCUCGGGACACUACACCUAUCCGAACCUGCCACUCAAGGACUUUCCAGGACUGGAUACGUUCCAGGGCCAGUACUUCCACAGCUGGGAUUACAAGGGCCCCGAGGGCAUGCCUGGCAAGCGCGUGGUGGUCGUGGGUAUCGGUAACUCAGGUAGCGACAUCGCUGUGGAGAGCAGCAAGUUCGCCGAGCAGGUGUACAUGAGCACCCGGCGCGGAGCUUGGGUGAUCCGCCAGGUGUCCGACGACGGCCUGCCGGUGGACAUGAAGUAUAACACGCGCUUCGUGCACAUACUAUUCCAGCUCUUCCCAAUCAACUUCCUCAACUGGCUCGGCGAGAAGACAUUAAAUGCAAUGUAUGACCACACCAUGUAUGCCCUCAAGCCCAAACACAGGCUUUUCAGUCAGAUCCCAGUGAUCAAUGAUGACCUGCCGUUCAGGAUUCUGUCUGGCGCAGUGAAAAUCAAACCUAACGUGAAGGAGAUCCGCGGCUCCUCUGUCAUCUUUGAGGAUGGCAGCGUUGCGGAGAAGGUGGAUACCAUUGUGUUCGCCACGGGUUACAAUUACGACUUUCCAUACUUGCCUGCUAACACGCUGUACAAAUCGGGACACCGCGUGGGCCUGUACAAGCACGUAUUCCCUCCUAAUAUGGAGCAUUCAACCCUGGCAGUGGUAGGCUUCAUUCAUGCCCUGGGAGCUAUUAUGCCGCAAGCCGAGAUGCAGGCGCGCUGGGUCGCGCAGGUCUUUAAAGGAAAAAAGAAGCUGCCAUCAAACCAGGCCAUGAUGAAGGCAGUGGAACAGGACACCAAACAGAUGGAGAAAAGCUACAUCGUGUCCAAGCUGGCACCUCUUCAGGUGGACUUUGUGUCCUACAUGGACGAUUUGGCGGGCGAGAUCGGUGCCAGGCCCAGCCUCCUUUGGCUGCUCCUCACUGACUACGCGCUGUUCAAGGAGGUCCUGUGGGGGCCCGUCACCGCCUACCAGUACCGCCUGAUGGGCCCGAGCAAGUGGGAUGGUGCCAGGCGGGCCAUCCUCACCCAGUUCCAGCGUAUGUUUCAACCCCUGAAGACCAGAAAGGUGGAGGAACCAAACGGCAUGAGCCCGGGUGGCCUGUUAAAGCUGAGUCUGACACUGGCGGCCGGAGGGGCGGUGGUCUAUUAUGUGCACGUUCGAGAGCCCACCCUCUUCCCUAACCUUGUGUCCAAAGUUUUCGCCCAAAGAGUGUGA